ACAGACCCGGGCGCCCCACACCGCCUCCCACCGCCAUGGCCCUGCCCUGGCCCCUGGGGCUGAUUCUGCUCCUCUGCGGGUACCCCUCGGCCCAGGCGGAACCGCUGUUGAUACUGGUGACCCCGCGGGUGCUGCGGGUGGGCACCCCCGAGAAGGUCCACGUGCAGGCCCACCCGGACUGGGGGCAGCCCCCGCCCCGGAACCUGGAGGUGAAGCUCAGCGUGUGGGACUUUCCCCUGAGGACGCGCCAGGUGGCGGAGGCGGAGCUGUCCCUCACCCCCCAGAACCACUUCAUGCUCCAGGCGGCCGUGACGAUUCCUGAGAGCCUGGUCUACCCACCGCAACCCGGUCAGCAAUAUGUCAUCAUCCGGGUCACUUGGGCGUCGUCUGUCCUGGAGAAGCCGGUGCUCGUGGCACCCCACGCCGGCUACAUCUUCAUUCAGACGGACAAGACCAUCUACAAUCCAGAGCACUUCGUGCUCUACCGGAUCUUCACUGUCAACCACCAGAUGGAUCCAGUGAGCCGGCCCAUCACUCUGGACAUCAAGAACCCGGAGGGAGUCACUGUGUUCAGUCAGAAUCUGCAGGCCCAGAAAGGGUUCUUUGUCAGUUCCUUCCAUCUCCCAGAGCUCCUCAGUUUUGGGACCUGGAGCAUCGAAGCCAGUUACCAAAGUGCAGCCAAACAGAAGUUCAAGGCAGAUUUCGAAGUAAAGGAGUACGUGCUUCCACCUUUCGAGGUCCAACUGAAACCCAAUACGACCUUCUUCCACCUCAGAAAUGAGGCUCUGGGGGUGGACAUCCAGGCUCGGUAUAUAUUCAACAAGCCCCUAGAUGGGCACGCGCUGGCCAUUUUUGGGGUGCAGCUGGAUUCCCGCCGGAUCCCCAUCCAGAGUUCCCUGCAGAGAGUGGAGAUCUCCAGGGGCUUGGGACACGCUGUGCUCCAGAAGGACACGCUGAUGGCUACAUUCCAGGGCAUGGAGGACGACUUCCUGGGGGCCUCUGUGUUCGCCAAUGUCACCGUGUUCUCCUCAGGUGGUGAGAUGGUCCAGGCUGAGGCCUCAGGCGUGAAGAUUGUCCGGAGUCCUUACAAGCUCAAGUUCUUCCGGACGCCCAAGUAUUUCAAGCCCGGGAUGCCCUUCCACUUUAGGCUCUUUGUUUCGAACCCCGAUGGGUCCCCGGCCUCCAGAGUCUCCGUCUGCUACCGAAACCAGAGUGUGUUCAGCUCGCCCAGCGGGAUCGCUGCCAUGACCAUCAACACGGACGCCAACUGGCAGCAGCUGCCCAUCCAGGUGGAAACGAAGGACGAGUCUCUCCGGCCAGAGGAACAGGCCUCAGCCACGAUGACGGCUUUGCCUUACGCAACCCAGGAUGGGUCAGGGAACUUCCUGCACAUCGACUUGAAGGCUCUGGGCACAGACGUCGGCAGCGUCCUCCAGCUGAACCUCAAUACGAAGCAUCGGGACCCACACACCAAGGAGCAGAUCACGCACUUCACCAUUCUGAUCCUGAGUAAGGGCCAGAUCGUGGGCGCCAGAUACCAGCCAAGGAGUCCUGGAAGCGUCUACACCACAGCCAUCAUUGAUGUGAGCCCAGACAUGUUGCCCUCCAUCCGUAUCGUGGCCUUCUACCUACUGCCCCCAGGGAGGACAGGCGGGGACCCUGAACUGGUGUCUGAUUCGUUAUGGAUCGAUGUGAAUGACAGGUGUAUGGGGACGCUGAAAGUUGGAUUGAAGAAUGAAGACACUAUUCUGAGUUUAUCACCUCAGAGCAAAGUGGAACUGAAGGUCACGGGCAAUGCAGAGGCCACAGUUGGGCUGCUGGUGGUGGACAAGGCUCUCCAUGUCCUGAACAGCAAACACAAGCUCACACAGAAGAAGGUCUGGGAUGUGGUGGAGGAGCAUGACAUUGGCUGCACAGCGGGCAGCGGGAAAGACAGACUCGCUGUGUUCAAGGAUGCUGGACUGGACUUAAAGUUGAGCACAGGGAUGGACACUCUGGCAAGCUCAGAUUGGCGAUGCCCCCAGGAGCCCCCCGUUACUCGUCGCCGCCGGGAGCUGAAGAGGAUACAGGCCAAGAAAAAUGCAGUGGACAAGUUCGAGACCCAGUUGGAGCGGAAGUGCUGUGAGGCCGGGCUCCGGGAGAGCCCUGCGGGGCUGACCUGCGAGGAGAGGAAGCGGCACGUGCGACCCGGGCCAGCCUGCGUGGCCGCAUUUCUGAGCUGCUGCCACCUGUCUGAGGCUCUGACGCAGCAGGCCCGGGAGGAGCAGCUGUUCCUGGGGACAAGUGAUGACGAAGACGAUGAGGAUGAGGAUUUCUUCCUAGAGGAUCUGCCUAUUCGAACUUCGUUCCCAGAGAGCUGGCUCUGGAAAACAUUUACCUUGUCUGAGCAUCAGUCUGGCAUAUCCCAUUACACCACUGAGAUCUACAUGCCUGACUCCAUCACCACCUGGCAGCUGGUGGCUGUGAGUCUCAAGGAAGGCCAAGGCCUCUGUGUCUCUGAGCCCCUGGAGCUGACAGUUCAAAAGUCGUUCUUUGUGGAUCUCAAGUUACCUCACUCGGUGAUCAGGAAUGAGCAGAUCCAGGUGCAAGCCGUGCUGUACAAUUUCAGAGACCAGGCUGUGCGGGUCCGAGUGGAAUUCCCACACAAGGAGACUCUGUGCAGCGCGUCCAAGCCAGGAUCCCCCUGGCGUCAGAGGGUGGUCGUGCCCCCCACCUCAUCCAAGAUGGUACCCUACAUGCUCAUCCCCCUGGAGACCGGUCAGGUGGACGUGGAGGUGAAGAUUGUGAGCAUCGAAGCCCGAGAUCACAUAAGGAAGACCCUCCUGGUCCGGCCCGAAGGGCAGAUAGAGAAGAAUUCCCAGAGCUUCCUGCUGAGCCCUGAAGGACAGACCCAGAUGAUGAGGGUGCCCCGGAAGGACAUCCAGAACCAAGUACCCGGAACCGAGGCUGAAGUCUUCAUCAGUGUUCAAGGGGACAUCCUGGCGGAGACUGUCCUGGGCAGCUUGACCCCCCAAGAGAGCAGAAGGCUACUGAGCAUCCCUACGGGGUGCCCUGAGCAGACGCUGAGCUCCCUGGCACCCCUCGUCCUGCUGACCCGCUACCUGGACACCACCGGCCAGUGGGGCCAGGUCGGGGUGGAGCUCCGGGAAAAGGUGGCCAAGAACAUUGUCAGCGGUUACACCCGGAUGGUGACGCACCGGAGCGCAGAUGGCACCUACCACAUCAGCAAGGGCCGCCCUGGGAGUACCUGGCUCACCAGCUAUGUGUUCCGGAUCUACUCACUGGCCCAGCACACUGCGACCAUCCCCGGGCUGGACCUCAAGUCUCUGUGCGCCAUGGCCGACUGGCUCUGCCGGGAGCGGCAGGCGGAGGAUGGCCACUUCGUGGAGCGUGGCCCCGUGGUGAUGGCCUCCAUGCAGGGUGGCUACAAGGGUUCUGAGGCAGACGUGUCCCUUACGGCCCUGGUCCUGAUCGCCCUGGAGGAGGGGAUGGACAUGUGCAAACAGGAAGUACCGAUUUUGCCCGCCAGCAUGGAGCGUGCCCGCAGCUUCCUGGAGAUGCGCCUGCCCCACAUUCAGACGAUCUUUGCUACAGCCAUCGCGUCCUAUGCACUCGCCCUCACCGAGAGCCCCCGAGCCAAUGACUGCCUUCAGAAUUUUGACCACCUUGGUAAAACGCUGAUGCUGGGGCAGCACCAGACCUUCUCCCUGUCCAGCAUCGAGGCCAUGGCUUAUAUCCUGAUGCAGAAGCUGCGGCUGGGUCUGCACAACGAGACACACACCAUCGCCAAGUGGCUCCUCGAGCAGAGGGAGCUGGGUGGGGGCUUCCGGUCCACCCAGACCACAGUAGUGGCCAUGGAGGCUCUGACCCGCUACCGCCAGGCGGUCCACGCUGAGGGAAUCCAGGAUCUCUAUGUGCAGAUCAGCAUCCCCAAGAGAGCCCUUAACUUGGAGUGGGUCGUCGACCAGAGCAACGCCUAUCAGCAGCGCACAGCCAAGUUCUCAGCUCUGGAUGACCUGGAGAUCAAAGCCAGCGGCAGAGGGACGGGGACAAUCUCAAUCGUGACCAUGUACCAUAAGGCCCCCGAGGCUGGGGAGGACUCGUGCAACCUUUACCAGCUGAACGUGACCCUCCUGCGCCCCGAGAAACAGACUAAGAGUGGGGAAGAGACCUUCCAGCUGCGGAUAAAGACAAGGUUCCAGGGAGAGCAGGAGGCAACCAUGAGCAUCGUGGAGAUCUCCCUGCUCACCGGCUUCUACCCCAACCAGGAGGACCUCAAACAGCUCACCAGUGAGGUGGAGACGUAUGCCUUCCAGUACGAGAGCAAGCCCAGCGCCAGCGACAGCACAGUGGUGCUGUACCUGGAAAAGGUCUCAAACAAGGAAGACACAGUGCUGGGCUUCCGCGUCCACAGGAUGCUGCAGGCAGAGUUCCUGCAGGCCGCCCAGGUCACCAUCUAUGACUACUAUGAGCCUUCCCGGAGGUGCAGCACCUUCUACAACCUGCCCCAAGAGCCAUCUUCUCUGCGCAAAAUCUGCCACAAAGAGGUCUGCCGCUGUGCGGAAGAACAGUGCCCAGCCCCGAAGGGCAGCAGCCAAAUGAAGAAGGAAGAGCUCCAGGUGGCAGCGUGUGAGGCCGGUGUGGACUUUGUGUACAAGGUCAGGCUGGAGAGUGUGGGGACCUCAGCCUCCAACCCCUACAUCUACUACAACAUGCAGCUCCAGACCAUCAUCAAGACAGGCUCAGACUCUGUCAAACCCCUCACUAUGAAGAAAUUUAUCUCCCACGCCACCUGCCAGGAUGUCCUGCAGCUGCAUGAGAAUCAGACAUACCUCAUCAUGGGCCACACCUCCGACCUCUGGCGGAUCCAAUCUGACUACACCUAUGUCCUAACCAAAAACACCUUCCUCAUGCCCUGGCCAGCCGACGGGGAUGUCGGCAGGAAGGACUCCGUGGAAGAGCUGGAGGGGUUUUCGGAGCACAUGCACGCCCACGGCUGCGAGACCUGAGUCCUCCCCAAGGCUUGGACGCCCCCCCCAAUGGGCUCUGGGGGGCUGAGUUUUCUGGGGGUCGCUCCCAUUCAAGGACACAGAUCUCCAGAAAUAAUUUUUCUUUUCCCAUCUCCAACCUGCAGCCCAUCCUGCCCUGCUCAUACUCACCCCUGCAAGCCCCUUUAUCACCAUGGGGUCUUGGUGGCUCCUUCUAAUACCCACGGUUGUUUUCUGCUCACAGGGCGACUUUUUUACUGUUGGUCCCCUCCACCUGACACCUUCCAGAAACCUGCAGGGCUUGGUCCUGUCUUAAUUGUACUGUUGAACUGUCCCCUCCUGGGGUCCAUCGAGUGCAUGAGAGUAAAGUGUUUCUCACCUGGCAGGAGCCCAUUCUUGUUUGAUUUCCAGUACUACCUAUGGUCUGGUCAGCACUGCCAGGGCUCACUCUUGAGCACAGAGCCAGGAAUAGUCCCUGAGCGCUUCUGUACACACACACACACACAC